AUGUCCUACGACUACAUCUCCAAGUUCGAACCCGCGGUGCUCCCGACGCUGGUCCCAGAAGACGGGUACGGGCUCGCGACGAGAGGGUGCAAUAGCCUUGUUGUGUCGCCGAGGAAGAGCGGGCCCGAAAUGGAGACCUUGACGUGGGAUCUGGCCAAGCAGAGUGUGCUUGGGCUGUUGGAGUGGGCGAAGGAACGGCAGAAAGGGGGGGGGGGUGGGGGAGGCGAGGGGGAGGGGGAGGUGGUGACGAGAGCGCCUGUUGGGUUGUAUAUCCCGAGUUAUAGGACGGAGAAGUAUAGCUGUGUGGGGGUUUUGAGGUGGGGGGUUAAGCAUAGGGGGGAGGUGGACGUGAGAUGGCUCGGAAAGAGUGCGCACGAUCAUCAGUUGUAG